GGGAGCCUGUCCGCGUCACGUGACCUCCUCCGUUCCGUUCCGUGCCGGAGGGGGGGAAAAAUGUUCCGGUGAGGAAAUUGAAGGUGCCCCUGAGUGUGUGUGGUAUGGCUGCAGUGUGGCAGCAGGUGCUGGCAGUGGACGCAAGGUACAAUGCUUACCGCACUCCUACGUUCCCCCAGUUCCGCACGCAGUACAUCCGCCGGCGUAGCCAGCUGCUCCGCGAGAACGCUAAGUGUGGCUUUGAGCCGGUGCUGCGCAGGCAAUACCUGCGUCUGCGCAGCCAGCUGCUCGCCCUGCGCUACGGCCCACUGUCCGAGCAAAGCAGCUUCAGAGCCAGCAGCGUGCGCAGCUCCCGCACCACACUGGACCGCAUGGAGGACUUUGAAGAGGACUCCAGGGCUCAGGGCGCUCGAGGUCACCGUCGUUCAGUGAGCCGUGGUUCGUAUCAGCUGCAGGCCCAGAUGAACAGGGCAGUGUAUGAAGAGAGGCCUCCAGGCAGCCUGGUGCCUACCUCUGUGGCGGAGGCGAGUCGUGCCAUGGCAGGCGACACUACUCUGAGUGAGAAUUACGCCUUCGCUGGCAUGCAUCACAUCUUCGACCAACACGUCGACUCGGCUGUCCCUCGGUUGCAGUUCGCCAACGACGACAAGCACCUCCUUGCUUGCUGCUCCUUGGACGGGACCUUGUCAAUAAUGACGCUGUCCCCGCCUCCGCCGACCGUCAAGGUGACGCUGAGAGGACACGCGGGUCCUGUGACUGACUUUGCCUGGUCACUUAGCAACGACAUCAUCGUGUCGACGUCGCUGGAUGGCACGCUGCGUAUCUGGAACACGGAGGACGGUCGAUGUAUCCGCGAGGUCGCCGAUCCGGAAACGAGCGAACUCCUUUGCUGCACCUUCCAGCCCAUGAAUAACAAUCUCACUGUGGUCGGAAACAGUAAGCACCUGCUGCAGGUGGUGAACAUCUCCACGGGAAAGAAAGUCAAAGGUGGCUCGAGUAAACUGACCGGUCGCGUGUUGUCGCUGUCGUUCGAUGCCCCAGGGAGGAUCCUGUGGGCCGGGGAUGACCGAGGGAGCAUAUUCUCCUUCCUCUUUGAUAUGGCCACAGGGAAGCUGACUAAAGCUAAGAGGUUGGUGGUGAAUGAAGGAAGCCCCAUCUCCAGCAUCUCUGCUCGCUCGUGGAUCAGCCGAGAGGCUCGGGAUCCGUCUCUGCUCAUCAACGCCUGUGUCAACAAGCUGCUGCUCUACAGGGUGGUGGAUAAUGAAGGCACGCUGCAGCUGAAGAGGAGUUUCCCCAUCCAGCAUGGCUCACAGCAUCUCCACAGCAUCUUCUGUCCACUCAUGUCCUUCAGGCAGGGAGCCUGCGUCGUGACCGGCAGCGAGGAUGCGUGUGUUUACUUCUUCGAUGUGGAGCGCAACACUAAGGCCAUUGUAAACAAGCUGCAAGGCCACAGCGGCCCCGUGCUGGACGUCAGCUUCAACUGCGACGAAAGCCUGCUGGCCUCCUCCGACGCCACAGGCAUGGUCAUCAUCUGGAGACGCGAGCAGAAAUAACUGCAGAAGCUUCCAACUGCAACAGCAGCUUCAGUCGUGUGCAAUGUUGAAAUCUACAACCCGGCUUUUACCGAGCCGAUAUGCUGUCUGGUCUUGUGCUGAUUUCUUUAAAAAAAAAAGAGCUUUCUGUGUGUCUGAAGUUUCACUAUCCGUCAUCCCUGUGUGACGUUUUUAGAUUAGACUGAGUGAGACGCUUGCUUGAGACAAAUGCAUCAGAAUGUCUGAAUGAAGGGAUCAGAGAGAGUGAGAGGUUAUUUAAUACUGGUAUGCUGUGGAUGAUGUGACCUGUGUGUUUGUGUUUGUCUGAAAGAGAAAUUAUAUUAAUGUUUAACACUGAUGAGCUCAUGCUGGCUUACAAAGUUAACGCUACUGUAUUUAUGUCUUGUUAUGAAGUAAUACAUUUCAUUCCACAA